GUCCCUGCUGUCAUGAGCUGAUGCUAGUCAGCCUGCAGUCUCUCUGCUCUGUCAGUGUGCAGCAGGAUCUCGGGACCAGCAGCCCUCUCCCAGUCUCCCAGCAGGAUCGCUGUCAUACGACAGGCUUAUUCGCUGCACAGGAUGAUGGAGAGAGCCAAUCACAUUAACAUCGCAAUGAUAGAAGACAUCAGCACCAACGGGACGGCCCCAGCCAAGGACCACAACAAGCAGCAGUGUGGCUCCACCGUCAGCUUCCACAACAUCCAGUACAAAGUGCAGCUAAAGAGCGGCUUCUUCUGCAAAAGGAAAUCCAGUCCCAAUGAAAUACUGGCCGACCUCAAUGGGAUUAUGAAACCUGGCCUCAAUGCUAUUCUCGGACCGACUGGAAGUGGAAAAUCUUCAUUCUUGGAUAUUCUGGCUGCAAGAAAGGAUCCUUCAGGUCUCUCAGGAGAAGUACUCAUUGACAAAGCACCCCAGCCUCCAAACUUCAAGUGUCUCUCUGGCUAUGUGGUUCAGGAAGAUGUGGUCAUGGGCACCCUGACUGUGAGGGAGAAUCUGCGUUUUUCUGCAGCGCUGCGGCUGCCCAGCUCUGUGCCUCAAAGUGAGAAGGAGGCUCGGGUCAAUCACCUCAUUAAUGAACUAGGUCUCACCAAGGUGGCAGACUCCAAGGUGGGCACACAACUGACCCGGGGAAUCUCUGGAGGAGAGAGGAAGAGGACAAACAUCGGCAUGGAGCUGAUUAUCGAUCCUUCCGUUCUCUUUCUGGAUGAACCGACCACAGGACUGGAUGCCAGCACUGCUAACUCUGUCCUGUUGUUGCUGAAAAGAAUGGCCAGUCAUGGAAGAACCAUAAUUAUGUCCAUCCACCAACCACGAUACUCCAUCUACAGACUGUUUGACACUCUGACUCUGCUGGUUGGUGGUAAAAUGGUGUACCACGGACCAUCGCCAAACGCUUUGGACUACUUCGCCAACAUUGGCUAUCCCUGCGAGCCCCACAACAACCCAGCUGACUUCUUUCUGGAUGUUAUCAAUGGAGACUCCACCGCCACAACCACGACCAAAGUGCAUGGCUCUGAAGAUAUGGACUUUGCAGAGCUCAACAGCUCGAGGCAGAGCAUCAAAGAGCGCCUGGUAGAGGAAUACAGGAACAGCAGCUACUCCAGCGACACAAGAGCUGAGCUGGACCGCAUCGUCCAGGAUAAGAAGUGUAUCUCAUGUUCAAAAUCCCGCACCAUCACCUACAACAGCUCCUUCUUCCACCAACUACACUGGGUUCUUAAGAGAACCUAUCAGAACCUCAUGCUGAACCCACAAACAUCUGUGGCCCAGCUGGGAGUCAACGUUUUCCUCGCCCUCAUCGUAGGAGCCAUUUUCUUCGGGGUAAAAGACGAUCAGAGUGGUGUUCAGAACAGGAUGGGUGCCCUCUUCUUCAUCACUACCAACCAGUGUUUCAGCACUGUGUCAGCAGCUGAGCUCUUCAUCGUCGAGAGGAAACUGUUUGUGCAUGAGUACAUCAGUGGCUACUACAGAGUGUCUGUCUACUUCCUCUCUAAGAUCCUGUCUGACAUCACUAUGCGCACCAUCACCUCGGUUAUCUUCAGCUGUAUUGUCUACUUUCUGAUUGGGCUCAAAUCCACAGCUGCAGCCUUUUUCAUCUUCACGCUGACAGUGACUUUGGUGGCCUACACAGCCACAGCCAUGACCAUGGCCAUCUCAGCUGACCAGAGUGUUGUGGCUCUCGCUAACAUCCUUAUGACCAUCACCUUUGUCUUCAUGAUGAUUUUCUCAGGUCUCCUGGUGAACCUACCCAGCAUCAUGGACUGGAUGUCUUGGCUGAAGUACUUCAGCAUUCCUCGCUACGGCCUUGCAGCCUUGAAGAUCAAUGAGUUUGUGGGUUUGAAGUUCUGUGACGAGGCUGUGAUCCGAAACACCAACAUGUCGGCUACAGGGACGAACUGCAGUCUGAGCACCGUUGGCCUGACAUGUACAGGAGAGCAGUAUCUGGACUACUUGGGAAUAGAAUACACCACCUGGGGGCUGUGGGAGAAUCAUGUGGCUCUGACUGUUAUGACAUUCAUAUUCCUUGUCAUCGCUUAUCUGAAACUUCGCUACAUCAAGAAAUUCACUUAAAUAUGUGAUUAUUUAUCUUUUAUUUUUGUCUUCAAGAAACCAGGCCAGUUAAUAUUCACCGAAAUUGCUACCAUUAAAGGAACAGUAAUAUAUUUUAGGAAAAAAACAUUUUUGUUUUUUUGCUUAGACUAAGAUGAGACUGAUACCACUCUUACUCUUCACUGUUUCCCUUGCCGGGAUUAAUAAAGUAUCUCUUCUUCUUCAUGUUUGUUCGCUAAGUAUGGGCUUCUAUGGGAGGCAGUUAGCUUAGCUUAGCAUGAGGACUGGAAGUAGGAGGAAACAGCUAGCCUGGUUCUGUCUAAAGUAAAAAAAAAAAAUAGAUCUACCAGCUCUUAAGCUCACUAGUGUCUUGUUUGCAGGGGAACCGUUGGUUGCCUGGCAACAUUACAUAAUGACAGGACUCUGGGAAGUCACUGCGUCUGGCUGUUGUUAACCAAUAAAAAGUUGCAGCAUGUAUCUCUGUAUAGAACCACAAACUGUUGGUUUAGCUUUAGAGCAUUUUUUUUAACUUUGAAAAGAGACCCCUGCUUCUUUAUGCUAAGCUAAACUAGCAGUAACACAACAUAGACAUGUUACCAACUCCAGCAGACAGAGAGUACGAUUUUAAAUGCAUUUAGCUUAUCUAGUUAGCUAGCUAAAUGCUGCAAAAUGCUAGCUGUUUGGUGCUGAGCUAGCUGUUUGGGGCUUUGGUGAAAGCAACCCAAAACUGAUAUGAUGGCAUGAGAGCGGUAAGAGUGAAACAAAACAGUAAAGCUGCGAGAUAUAAAACCAAAACAGUGAGUUGAUAGCAAUUAGAUUCAUUGUGAAUAUAAAAAUAUUGAUUAUUAGAGCAGCUUUACUGUAAAUAUACUGUAUAAGAGUGUUGGAUUUUCUCAUCUUACUCUAAGUGAAUACACAACAUUUUCCCAAAAUGUAUAUUUCUUUCAGUGUGUCUACGGUUUGCACUCACCGUACAUACUUGGAUAUUCAGUACAGGUAAAAUAAAUACCUAAAUGUAAACAUCAGUUUUAUCAUCUUUGAUAAAGACCAUGUGUCUCCAAAAUGUUAACUUUUUAGGAGCUGAUUGCUGACAAUACUCUUUAUUUUUCACAUUCUUGGAGCAGUUUUAAAAGUCCAACAGAAAAGAGUUUUCUGACGUGUAGGAGUUUCAAGAUUUUUCACAAGAAAAUGACGUGGAUACAUUUGUGAUGUGUUUCUUAUUUAUGAAUGUAUUAUUUCAAAAUCAGACUAUGCCUUUUUUCUGUACUUUUGUAACUCCGUAGUCUUGAUUAUUCAGCUUUUGCACAGUUUCUUGAUUGAGCUCAGCACGGAUUAUUUGUAAUUGUAGAUAUUGUAGAAGGAUAACUAGAUACUAUAUUUGUGUUAAGAUUUUCUAUUGUUCCAAAGAAAAUUUCUCUGUAUACAUUUAUAUUAUAAUACAGCCUUUUGAGAAGAUGCAUAAACAUUUUCAUGUAA